CCUCUUCUUCUUCCUUUUUCUCCCUUCAAGGAAAGUUCUUACAUUUUUAAACUUGAGAAAAUAUCGUAGACCCAGUCAACUUCUCUAGGAGAGGAGUUGCAGGAAUACAAGUCCUGAGCCAAAGGUGAUCUUUUAAGAAUCAUGCACUCCAUGAUAUAUGAAAAACUUCUCUUCUCUUCUUUCCUUUCGUUUCUCUUUUGUGUUUCUAUUUCACAACUAUGAUGAUGUUUAAUACCAGCACCAAAAAUAUUUACUGGCAUAACACGAUGAUUUUUGCUUCAAUCUAUGCUUCUUUCCUUCUGUGCAGCCACCACAUCAUCUUGAUCGCCGCAAACACUUCACCUCUUUAUAUUCCCCUAGAUAACAUAGCUCUUGAUUGUGGAUCACCUAGCAACGGACCUGACAUGAAUCACCGAAACUGGAUUGCAGAUACCAAUUUCUUCGAUCUACAACACAACGCAUCAACACCUCUACAAGCCAAUGAGUCCGCUUCUAGAAAAGGACUCGAUUCUGUACCCUAUGCAACUGCACGCCUCUCCUUCUCCCAGUUCACUUACUCAUUCCCUAUAACCACCGCAGGACCAAAAUUUGUUCGCCUCUACUUCUACCCUGCUUCUUACUCCGAUUUCGAUAUGUCAAAUGCAUAUUUCUCUGUCCAAGCUGGUCGCUAUACCCUGCUUAGCAAUUUCAGCUCUGUCCUCCACAGUAAGAAUCUUAGUCUGCCAGGAUUUGUUAAAGAAUUCUGCUUAAAUGUUGAAGAGGGUCAAAACUUAUUGAACCUAACUUUCACUCCAACGCCUAACAUGCCUGAUGCAUAUGCUUUCAUCAAUGGGAUUGAAAUUGUAUCCAUGCCUGCCAAUCUUUAUUACUCCGCAGAGAAUGAUGUAGGGUUCCCUUCUGUUGGCUCGCUCAACUCAGUUAUGCGCAUUGAGUCCAAUAUUGCUUUACAGUUGAUGUAUCGAAUAAACGUAGGCGGACAGUCAGUCUCACCCCAGAAUGACAAAGGCAUGUUUCGAAGCUGGGACGGAGACACGGACUACAUAAUACUUGAAAGUCAAAGCGCUUUAGCUCAUAACAAUGUUACGCAGCUUAAAUACAGAGACAAUAUUACUCGUUACUCUGCACCUGAUGAAGUCUAUAAUACCUCUAGGAUGAUGGGGCUGAACGCGACAAUAAAUGAAAAACACAAUCUUACAUGGCAAUUUCAGGUGGAUUCUGAUUUCAUUUAUCUAGUUCGGUUUUACUUUUGUGAGUUUUAUCCUAAGAUAACUCAAAAGGGUGACAGAGUUUUUCUCAUCUACAUGGCUAAUCAAACUGCUGAGGAUUAUGCAGAUGUGAUUAAAUGGAGUGGCGGAAAUGGGAUUCCUGUAUACAAAGAUUAUGCAGUCAAGAUGGAACCUAAAGGAAGUGAAAAGUUCCAAAAACUUGCUAUUGCUCUGCAUCCUAAACCAGAGGACAGAACUCGUGCCGCUUCUGCAAUUCUAAAUGGCCUUGAAAUCUUCAAAUUGAGUGUUUCGGACAAUCUCGCCAGUCCAAAUCCUGACAUACCCCUAUCUAAUACACCGUCUGCUGCGACUCCCAUCCCAAAAUCAUCUAAGUCUAAUAUAAGCGCCAUUAUUGGUGGAGCUGUUGCAGGCUUUGUGGCACUCUCUCUUCUGUUAUUCUUUAUUUACUGGCGCAGGUCAAAAAGCAAGCAGUCAGGUUUUAAUGAUGGAGCUUCACGGUUGGAUCAAUUUUCUACUGCUUCGACCAAGUCUGCUAAGACCCAAGGCUCAACUCUACCUUCUGAUCUUUGUCGCCGCUUUUCAUUGCCUGAGAUCAAAGAGGCCACCAACAACUUUGAUAGUGUAUUUAUUAUAGGUGUUGGAGGGUUUGGUAAUGUGUAUAGAGGUUUAAUUAAUGAUGGGGCCGUUACUGUUGCGAUUAAACGGUUGAAUCCAGGAUCGGAACAGGGAGCACACGAGUUCAAGACUGAGAUCGAGAUGCUCUCUCAGCUACGAUACCUCCAUUUAGUCUCUUUAAUUGGUUAUUGCUAUGAAGAUAAUGAAAUGAUCCUAGUUUAUGAUUACAUGGCUCGAGGGACACUUCGCGAUCACCUCUACAAGACAGAUAAUCCUCCACUAACCUGGAUUCAAAGGCUAGAAAUUUGCAUCGGCGCUGCACGCGGAUUGCAGUACCUUCAUUCAGGUGCUAAGAACACCAUCAUUCAUCGUGAUGUGAAGACAACAAAUAUCUUGUUGGAUGAGAAAUGGGCGGCGAAGGUUUCAGAUUUCGGUUUGUCUAAAGUAGGCCCCAGUAGCAUGUCAAAACCUCACAUCAGUACAGUAGUGAAAGGUAGUUUUGGCUACUUAGAUCCUGAAUACUAUCGUCUUCAGAGAUUGACAGAAAAAUCUGAUGUCUACUCAUUUGGGGUAGUAUUGUUUGAAGUACUGUCAGCUAGACCGCCGGUGAGUAAAUCAUCAUUUAACAAGCCGGUAAGCCUAGCAGAAUGGGCUAGGCAAUGCUACCGCAAAGGAACGCUUGAUGACAUUGUUGAUCCACAUCUGAAAGGCAAGAUUGCACCGGAUUGUCUGAAAAAAUUCUUUGAGCUUGCAGUGAGUUGCUUGCUUGACAAUGGAAUGGAUAGGCCGUCAAUGAGUGAUGUGGUUUGGGGGCUCGAAUUUGCAUUACAACUGCAGGAAACUGCUAUCAAGCAGGACAGAAACCAAACUGAAAUGGACAUUGAUAUGGAGACCCCCGUAAAAGGGUCCUCUAUCGAUGAUAGCAGUGAUGAUUUGUUCAGUUCUGGCAGUGGACUUGUGAUAGGUUCCAGGCUGAGUGGAAUGACAUUAACAAGUAGCAGUGAUGAUCAAAGUUUUCUUAGCAACGUUUCUGAUCAGAAAAUGCUGUCCAAUGUUGUAUUCUCUCAGAUUAUGAACCCCGAUGGACGAUGAGAGACAGUGUUUAUUAGCUUGCUAAUAGUCGAGUGUUUUGAGGGGGAUUAGCUCAGUUAUAAGUGAUACUAUAAGAUGUCAUAUUGAUAAUUUUGUUAUGUUUCUUCGAUCUUCCUUUUUUCAGAAUCAAAUUCUGUGAUAAUAUGGAAAAGAUAGCAUUAUUUCCA